GCGCACUCAAAGAAAUUUUACUUUCAAUCUAUCUUCUCAGAUCUUAUAACCAACAAAAAUAAUGUUAAAUCAUCUUCAAAGGCACCUGACUACUUGCGCAAACCCGGUUUUAACCAAAGAUGAGCAAGAAGUCGACGAAAAAAUGGUGAGCUUACAAGCGGAGAGUAUAGUUAACACCAUGGCUUUCCCCAUGGUUCUCAAAGCUGCCUUGGAGCUUGGGGUCAUCGACACAGUCGCUGCAGCAGGCAACGGCGUGUGGCUCUCACCGUUUGAGAUAUCCCGUAGUCUCCCAACCAAACCUACCAACCUGGAGGCGCCAGUGUUGCUGGACCGAAUGUUGCGUUUACUCGUCAGCCACUCAGUUUUAAAGUGCCGUAUGGUUGAAAAUAACGCUAACGGUCGAACCGGAAAGAUGGAGUGGGUAUAUGCAGCCGAGCCGGUUUGCAAGUAUUUCUUGAAAGAUAAUGACGGUUCUGGUUCUCUCGCUUCUCUGUUUAUGUUGACCCAUAGCGAAGUAGUUUUCAAGACUUGGACAAAUCUUAAAGAUGUGAUACUAGAAGGAAGAGAUGCAUUCAGUUCUGCCCAUGGCAUGAAACUUUUUGAAUACAUUAAUUCGGAUGGACAAUUUGCUAAAGUGUUUGAUCGUGCCAUGUCAGAACCUUCCACAAUGAUUAUGAAGAAGGUUCUGGAAGUGUACAGAGGAUUUGAAGAUGUAAACACUUUGGUGGAUGUUGGAGGAGGAAGUGGAACUACAUUAGGUCUAGUCACUUCCAAGUAUCCUCAUAUUAAGGGUGUUAAUUUCGACCUACCUCAGGUUUUAACCAAUGCUCCGUUUUAUCCAGGAGUGGAGCAUGUCUCUGGAGACAUGUUUAUAAAUAUUCCAAAAGGAGAUGCAGUCUUUAUGAAAUUGAUACUUCAUGAUUGGACGGACGAAGAUUGUAUAAAGCUUCUAAAAAAUUGUUGGAAGAGUCUACCGGAAAAAGGAAAAGUGAUAGUUGUAGAUAUGAUUACACCAACAGACCCAAAGGGUGGUGACCUUUUCUCUAAGACUGUGUUUGCUAUGGACAUGUCGAUGCUAACACAAUGUUCGGGCGGUAAAGAGAGAUCGUUUUUACAGUUCGAGAAUUUAGCAUUUGGUUCAGGUUUUCUUCAAUGUGAAAUUAUUUGUCGUGCCUAUUCAUAUUCUGUUAUCGAAUUCCACAAAUAGAUUUAGAAUUUACGAAAACAAAAUAAUGAUUGGUUUGGUUAAUGUAAAAUUACGGGCUAAAAACCUGGUUAUUAUAUAUGUGUGUGUGUGUGUAUGUUUGUAUGGAGAAUGAAUAAACUGUGAGAUUACAAAAGGA